AUGCCCUCAGCAACACCCGAAUUCAAACUCUACAUCGUCCGCCACGGUCGGACUUCCUACAACGCCCAAUCCCUCCUGCAAGGCAAACUCGACAUCCCCCUCUCCGCCUACGGCAUCGCCCAAGCCUCCCAAUCCACCGCCCUCUUCUCCAACAUACCCAUCCACGGCGCCAUCACCUCCACCCUCCUCCGCGCCAAACAAACCGCCGACAUCAUCCUCGAGGAGCAUAUCGGGGUGGUGGGGGAGGCGAGGGUGGAAGAUGCGCGGCUGGAUGAGAGAGGGUUGGGCGAGUGGGAGGGGAAGAGUGCGGAGGAGGUUAGGUGGGCUAAAGAGCCGGAGGGCGCCGAGACGUUUGACGAAGUCAAUACCAGAGUCUCCUCUUUCCUCACCUCCUUGCUUUCAUCCUUCAACCCUCCCGCUUCAUCGAGCGGCACAAUCGAGACAAACAACAUCCUCAUCGUCACCCACGAAGACAUCAUCACCUCCUUCGCCCGCCUCUUGUCCGCUGCGGGGAAAAGGCCCAGUGGACCCGAGUGGCGAAUACCUACUGUACCCGGGUGGCGAGUAGAGCUUGAUGAUGAUGUCGAGUUGAUGGACGGGUGCGGUCAUCUUGGCGUUGGAUCGCUCGAGGGGUUUAGGGAUGGGGAUCAGUGGGUCUUGAAGAUCAGAGGGUGGGCCAAGGAGGCGCCUGUUGUAUAA